AUGACUGAGACAUUUAAGAAGGAUUUUGAUAUUGCUUUUGGUAAAAAUGGAGAAAAGUUGGCCAGCAUGUCUAUAAAGGAUUUUGUAAAUCAUCAUGUAAAAUUAAAUGGUGAAUUUGAUAAACAUAAGAAAGGUCGUGGAAAGCUAGUGCCACCAUUGUCAUUACAUGAAUAUUGUCAAUGGCUGGCAGAUUUCAAUCCUAACAGAGAUAGCAGAGACCUAGAAAUUCCAGGACAAUAUGAUGGAUUAAGUAAACCAUUACCAGAAUAUCAUGUUAAAGUUGCUGGCUUUGAUGAAAGGGUAUUGGUAAUGUCAUCACUACGACGACCUAAAAGAAUAACAAUACGUGGUAAUGAUGAGAAAGAUUAUCAUUAUCUAGUAAAGGGUGGAGAAGAUUUAAGACAAGAUGCCAGGAUUGAACAGUUAUUUGUCAUCAUGAAUAAAGUUUUUGAUAAAGAUCCUGUGUGCAGACAUAGAAAAUUACAUUUAAAAACAUAUCAAGUUAUACCAAUGACACCCAG